AUGAUUAUACCUAUUAGAUGCUUUUCUUGUGGUAAAGUGGUUGGUGAUAAAUGGGAAACUUAUUUAGAAUACUUACAAGAUGAAUCUAUGACUGAAGGUGAUGCUUUAGAUAAGUUAAAAUUAAAAAGAUAUUGUUGUAGAAGAAUGGUUUUAACUCAUGUUGAUUUAAUUGAAAAAUUUUUAAGAUAUAAUCCAUUGGAAAAGAAAACUAUAGAUUAG